UACACGCUUUCUAGUUUCUUCUCUCUCGCUCUCUCUCUCUCCAUAUUCCAUAGUAAACGGCACAAACACUAACUACCAACGAGUCCGUUUCCUUUUCGUUUUUCCUCAUUUGUCUUGUGUCCUGCAAGUGCGGCCCUUCUUCUUCCUCUCAAUCACAGCAUGCCUUCUAUUUCUGAUGCUCGUUCCACUUCUCACAGGGAUGUACGUUACAGCUGUGGUAGCUGCGGUUAUGAGCUUAACCUAUCUUCCUCGAACCGUGACAUCUCAACAAUCGGUUCAAAAUAUGGGAAAUCCAUAAAGCGAGGCAUCAUAACGUUCUCCAACAUCGAUGAUGAUAGAUUUGGCCAUGUCGAUGAAAUCGAGUGCGCCCCUAACUUAUCUAAACUCUCAUGGCGUUUGUUCCGCCGCAAAACCAAGCUUAUUUGUCGCAAAUGUUGCAACCACAUUGGAUACGCUUAUAACACUUCAUCUUCAUCCAUUCCUCUUGUCUCAGUUGGAGCUGCUGAAUCCGAACCCUCAAGUUAUACAAAGUACGAAAUUCGAAUCCGUGCAUUACAACCUUCAUCUUCUCAAGACAAUAAUGGAAUCACCGUUGUUGCUUGAAACUUAAUUUAAUUUAAUUUGUAGUCAUUUGUUAAUAACCGGCUAUAUACAAGAACAAACAUAAAGUUGCAAGCUCAUUAAUGUAAAUGGUGCAAAUUUUUUUUAUUUAUGUUUUUGUGUUCCUUUUCUCUUCCACUAAAUUUUAUAAGGUGUUAUUAUAUGAGAAUUUAA